AUGAACACAUCAGGUCGGCAUAAUGACGUACAUGCUCAGGAGCGCGACACGGAUUUCGAUGAGGCCGCAUCCGACGUUGACUCGGCUUUCAGCGAGACUGCACCUUCGCUGAUAUCAUUGCGCUCUAGCAUUUUUGACUACGAGUUUGAGAAUGGGCGGACGUACCAUUCCAUGAGCCGAGGCAAACUACAGCAUCACAUCUGGUUGAUCACUUUAAAUGGAGAGCUGGCUUGCAACCCUGAGAAGCAUAAGGCGAAGAGGGUAAUGGACAUGGGGACGGGCACCGGCGUGUGGGCCAUCGAUUUCGCCGAUGCAUACCCUGGGUCUGAGGUCAUCGGUGUUGACCUAAGUGCAAUUCAACCAGAAUACUUUGAAAUCGAUGACCUAGAAAAAGACUGGAAGUGGAAAAGACCGUUCGACUUUAUAUUCUGCCGAGCCAUGGCGGGAAGCUUUUUUGACUUUCCAUCCAUCAUCCGGAAGGCAUUUGAUAACCUUAAUCCAGGAGGCUGGUUCGAAAUGCAAGACCUCGAGCUUCCCAUGUCUUGCAAUGACGGUACCAUUACGACGGACUCUGCUCUGUGGCGGUGGCAUGUUGCUGUUUUUGAAGCCGCAAGAUCCAUAGGCCGGCCGCUCGACUAUGCUCCAAAAUGCAUUCCUGACCUUCUACGAGCAGGUUUUGUCGACAUCCGACGUCGAACAGCCCGAUGGCCAUUCAAUACGUGGCCACAACAUCCGAAGCUGAAGGAGAUCGGUCGCUGGCAUUGCACGAAUCUCGAAAUGGGACUCGAAGGGUUUUCGAUGGCUCUCUUGACACGGGUAAAAGGCUGGGAUCCAGCCGAGGUAUCGGCGCUUUGUGAUGAAGCCAAGAAGGAGGUCAGGAACACGAACAUACAUGGAUAUUGGAACAUGUAG